CGUAGAACUGCUAUAUAUAUGCAUCAAGUUCUACUUAUUUCUGAGAUCCUCUUGAACAUUUUCACGUACGCGAAUGAAAGAUCCGGGGACUCGGGGUCAAUAACGCGUCUUGGUGAAAAAUCAUUAACCAGGAAAUCCCUUUCAGGGCUUGCAAGGACAUGCAAAGCCUUCCACGAACCCGCCAUGGAUGUGCUAUGGGCUGACUUGUGUUCGUUGGAACCACUGUUAGGUUGUGUAACGAGGCUACAUCCACUGAUAUAUUCUAGUGCUAAGGGCUACUGGGACAAAGGCAUCGAACCAUUAUCUGCUCACGAGGGCCGUCAAUUUUUGCGGCACUCCGCCCGCGUUCGCUCGUUGACCAUACUGUCCAAUUGCCAUUUUCAUCUUCUCUCAGCCAUCCCUCUGGAGGCAUGCGUCUUCCCGAGGCUGCAGUCGUUUACUUGGACGUGGAUUCGGGGUCAUUCUGACAAAUAUUUGAACCUGUUCCUGGCCCAUACGCUGCUCCACUGUUCUUUACCGGUCAUCAGUGAAGACUUGAACUCUAUUGGGACCCGCUGUGCUGCUUUGCAGAGCUUAUUUAUCGAAGUUUGCGACAAGGUCACGACAGAUCAGCUGUCCCUUCUGUCUGACAGUGUCCGUUUGUGCGGGCAGCUUGUAACCUUGUAUUGUCCACCGCUCGAUUGGGCAGCAUGGAAGCACCUGUCCAACCAACCUACCCUUCUCAGAGUGCGAAUAAAUCAAGCGUACAGUGACCGUCCUUGGCUGUUCAAACAGGGUGUCGUCAAUUUCUCACCAUUCGUAUUCCUUAACAUCACGACUCUUUCUUUCCGGAGACCAGAUGCUGCAUACAUAAUCACAAUCAUGCAACACUCGCAAUUCCCCACGCUGAAAGAGUUCAAGAUGGAAGUUGAUGCUAUAUCUACACCAGAGGCUGAGCAACUCUUUCGUGCGCUGUCCAACUGCAACGCAUGCCGGACCCUGGAAAAAAUCGUCAUUUUAAAUUUAUUUCACACUGGUCGCAUAUCUCAGGAGACCCCAGAGAACUCUUCCACAGCGAUUACACACUUCCUUUGCUUCGCACAGCUCCAAACGCUACAGCUCAUGCUUUAUGGUUUCCGCAUCUACCUUGACAAUGAUCUUCUCUUAGAAGCCAUGUCAUGUUGGCCACACAUGCGCGAUCUGCAAAUAUAUAACUCAGGUCACCAUCCAUCUACCGUUACAGUCAGCGGAUUGUUCACUGCCCUCCGCCAAUGUCCACACCUGUAUUCGCUGCGAGUAUUAAUUGAUACUGCUGAUAUCGACAUCGAUCCUACUGCGGAGUCAAUACAACAUACCUCUUUACAAAUAUUGAACUUGGACACCUUGCAGGAUCCCAUAGUGGGUGCUGAAGCCCUCGCUCUGAUCAUUUUCACCCGGUUCCCUUGCAUCGACGAAGUUAAAGCGUCCAUGGAUUCAUGUUGGGCGGAUUGGAUUUGGGAGGAAGUCAACGAUCAUCUCACAUCUUUGAAAGAUGCUGCGCUACAUGUCACAGGAGCCGCCUCGCCUACCUGAGUUUGGGAUACUUUUCUUCAUCAUGAUGUUCGGGGGAAUAUCCUGCAGUUGCCACGUUUUGUUUCAAAUUUUGAUCGUUCGUGCAUGUCGCGUCGGUACGGACUCUGGUUGUGUUUUUCCCCUCCCAUCUGACUAACAAUUCUUGGUUUUCACGCUUGUCUGUAUAAUAUCUUGUAUCUAUAUCUACCCCCUUGACAGAAUCUCCUCGAAUCGCUUGAUCUACGGAAAGCUAACGGAUGCUCGUCAUUGCCUGCAUACCAGUGAUACCACUACAUCCCGCGGACCGUAGUACUAUGCUCUUACCUGCAUGC